AUGAAGGGUAAGGAAAUCAGGAUCAUGUCGCUUUUGGCGCUUGAUACCGUGUUCUUCCUCUUGGAGGCAAUCAUCGGUUACAGUGUACAUUCUUUGGCAUUGAUUGCAGAUUCUUUCCAUAUGUUGAACGAUAUCAUCUCUUUAAUCAUUGCGCUAUGGGCCGUCAAAGUUAAGAAAUCGAAACCCGCGGACGGAAAAUAUACUUAUGGAUGGCAAAGAGCCGAGAUCCUAGGCGCAUUGAUCAACGCUGUCUUUUUAUUGGCACUUUGCUUCACUAUUGUCAUUGAGGCUAUCCAGAGAUUUUUCGAUCCUCAGGAGAUUGCGCAACCGAAGUUGGUGUUGGUUGUCGGUGUUGCCGGAUUACUAAGCAAUGGUGUCGGACUUGUAUUGUUCCAUGAACAUGGGCAUUCGCAUGGUCACUCUCACUCUCUGGCCAACACAGAAGAUGAUGAGACAAAUAUUGGGGGAGAUGGUCACAGUCAUAGCCACUCUUCUUCUGCUGUGGAU